AUGCCUGGAGUUAGAUAUCUGUCAGACUGUCUGAAACCGAUUGAUUCUAAAAGGCAGAAGGGUUAUAAUGACGAUGAUCUUCCCCCUCCCUUCAAAUGUCCCAAAUCCUUUGUGGAAGUACCACACGAGUUACUGGGCACCGAUGGAUUUCCUCAAAGCAAGCAUUGGCUUAACCCCUUGUGCCAACCAUUUGGCUCCGGGAAGAUGGCCCAAGAAUAUAAGAAAGCAAAGAUAGCGAAGGAAGCGGUUGCGAAGGCAGAGAAGGAAAAGGUAGAGACAGAACUACAUAGCGUACUGGGGAAAGGGGAUAUAGGGGACCUCGAAGGAAAGCCAGAAUUGGGAGUAGCAGACCAACUGGAUAAUGGAAAAACACGGCAAAGAGCUCCAGCUUCCUUACCAUCUCUGUACGACCUAGAGGUGGGAAGAGAGGCUAGUAUCGUACCAGUUCCCGGUAAGGUGCGUUGCGCGCGAAAACCACGCCAUCUCAAACGAGCCACCAAAGCAACUCAUGAACGCCGAACUGACCUCUCAGCUGUCGGUGAAAACAAUAAGGAUGGGAAAUCAUUCAAACGGGAGUUUCGAAGGUUUGAUGAUCCUGUCUUACCAAUCCAUGACUAUGAGAGGACUAUGGAUAUAGUAUCCAAUUUGUACUACAUAUAUGAUCGCGGUCAUGGCCAGUUUGUGGAUAGGAAAUCUCAAAAAUUGAUUUGUACCUAUCAAUUUGAGGACCUUGAGACGAUGAAGCCUGAAAUACGACAGGAACAUCAGCAAGAUGUGGAGACUGUCAUGAUGGCGACGCAGUUAUUCCAGCGUAUGCCAACUCCCCGAGCUUCUGGAGCGAAAACAUCAAAAUCCAUCAUUCUAGAGAAGACUUCAACUUCCAACGAUAAACCCAACUCGCCAGUUGAGCCUUCAGUUGAACAUGUACAUAACCAUGAAUCGCCGGUGAAAGAACGAUUAGUCAACCCUGUACCUAACAACGAAUCAACCCUUAAAGAAGUGGCUACAUGCGACCCGAUCUCACCGAUCUCAAGAACUCCAAAUGUGUACGAGGUACCAAUUGAAAUAGCCGACUUACUCUCAGCUUACCGGACUUAUUUGAAUGAUGGUGAAGACUCACCACUUACCUCACUUCCUUCAUCUGAUACGGAGGACAACAACCCUAUGAAUGGAGGCCUACCUAUUAAAUCACUUAAACAUGAAUUAGAGCUUAUCGUGACAAAUACUAGACCUUUGAACGAUGGACUUUCAUCUCCUCUGACAUCACUGGGAAACUCUGAUAUUGAUGAUUCUCCUCCACCUAUUACCAAGGCUGCGAUAGAAGAACCAUCUAAAAAGAGCAAGCGGCAGGUAACUACCAAUGGGGCGCUGAUUCAAGGGAAAAUGUACUGUUUUGGAUGUCGUGCAGGGUUUAAACGCGAUGUACUCUAUUCUCCUUACAUCCCAUGUGAUAGUGCAUCUCAUUCGCUAUACAAAGUAUUUAUUAGUGAACUUCCGAUAUAUGGAGAGCAUGCCGGGGCACGAUACAAGACUUUUGCGGACAACGCUUUCUCCACCACCAGAAGCCAGCUCGAAACUCUUAGAGUUCCUUCAAUGACUGCUGUGUCCAAGGAUCAACCUUGA